AGUGAAAUAAUAAUAGUAGCGUGGCCCCAAAAAGAAUUUGGAUGUUGGGGUAGGUACAGUAGACGACAAAGAAUAGGAUAGGUUGGUAGGGAGACGAGAAUGGGAGAAAAUGGGAGAACAGUGGAAGAGCAAGUCAUUUGUACGAGUCGCCGAAUAUAAAUACCAAAGACGAAGUUAAAAAGUCACCAGUAGAGGAGCGGACCCAGUAUUGUGAGCUAUUGCACAUAUAUCAGCCUUGAAUUACUUCUAACGGAGCAAGAGGACGUACGUCAGGGUGUACGAACUGAAGAUUACAUCGCAAAUCAUGGAAACAGUCGAAGACUAUAUUAGCAGCGGAAGUAACAUGCAACGUCGUGACGCUCAGGACGUCAUAGAUGAAUUUAAUUGUGAACUAUCAAACAUGCGAGGAAAAUGUUUAGAUAUCGGUUCAGGCCCAGGGAACAUUACCAAGGAGCUGUUACUUCCGAUCUUGCCACACGAUGCAGAGAUAGUAGGCGUUGAUAUAUCCGAAGCGAUGGUGAAUUAUGCCAGUCAGAAAUAUAGUGAUGAAAAACGAUUAUCUUUCGUUAUUCUGGACAUCGAAACAUCGGAAUUGCCAAGUGACCAAGUCGAGCAAUAUGACAAUGUCGUGUCUUUCUAUUGUCUCCAUUGGUGUGACGAUAUAUGGCGCGCUUUACAAAAUAUGUAUAAGUUACUGCGACCAAAUGGAAAAGCGCUUGUGAUGUUUCUUGGACAUCAUUCUGGAUUCGAGGCAUACCUACAACUCAAGCAGUAUCCACGAUAUCAAUCAUAUCUUCAGGAUGCAUGCCGUUAUGUACCGUACUUCCAACGAAGAAUGUGUAAAGAUGUCAGAGCGAGUCUACGAAAAAUGCUUGAGGACGUCGGCUUUGAAAUUCUGCACUGUAGCAAAAGGGAAAAAAGUUAUCACUACAGCAAACAAAGCCUCAAAAAUCACGUAUGCGCUGUUAAUCCUUUCAUCAAGCGACUCCCCGAUGAUAUGAAAAGCGAAUUUAUAGACAAUUUGCUAAACGAAAUCAUGAACCAAAAUGCUCUAAUUCCGCUUAAAAGCAAAAGCAAAAACAGCCAAGAAUACUUAAUAUUGCGAUAUUAUCUAUUAAUAGCGUACGUACAAAAACCGCCAUCGGCUAUUUGAACAUUUUUAAAUUAUUUACAAAAUGUGUAUAUUUUUAGAUUAUUUUUAGAUAAUAAGUGA